AUGUCUGGGAGUAACCAAGAACUGGUAGUUCGUGUUCCUAGGAAAAACGAUUUACGACGCUUUUCAAUCUUGAAAUUCAGUAAUUCUGAUAAUGUUGAUCCUUCCGAGUUUCGUGCAGACUCUGAAGUUCGUUUGGAAAGAGAAGAUAACAGACAUGUAGUUAUGAGCACUCAGUCCGUGCAGGAAUACGGAGAGGGUUCAGAAUAUGGUAAGGCAGCCAGAGAAGAGGCACGAAGAAAACGAUAUGGACGUCAAGCCAGAACAUAUCAUCUGGAUAACCAACCUUGGAAUCUAAACUUCCUUGAUACUGAUAAUCGUGAACGUCAAAUGCGGAGUAUCAGAGAAGGAGAUGGGCACUCAGAUAAUUGGAUCUUCGUGAAAGAAGGUGACUCUUUCAUGGCUUAUAAGGUAGAUGAUAUGCACCGGUUCAUCCCUGCUAUCACUCAUAAAACACUUGACAUCGAUCAAGCCGAAGAAAAAUUUUCACAACGUAACAAGGUUAUGAAUCAAUUUGCUUUGAAAGCUCAAAUAAUGAAUCAAUUGACAAAAUCUGAAGAAGACGGAGAGCAGUUGGAAACCCGAUCUCGUAAUUUAAAAAUCAAAGAUGAACACAGCUCUUCUGAAUCAGGUAAUGAAGAAGAAGAUGCAGAAGAAGCUGCUGCCAAGGCUGCUAAGAAAAAGAAAUUGACUAAGAAACCAACGAAAGACAAACGUCAACGCGUAGAGAACUCGGAUGAAGUUGCCAAAUACGAAUCGGAGGACGGAGAAGAUGAGGGUCGAGAGUACGACUACAUGUCUGACAGUGGAUCUGAUUCUGAGUUAGUUCCUCUUUCUUUCUUCACGAGCUUUCCUCUCGUCUUGCACAUCUCGCAGAUUAGAUUUAUCAGAUAA